AUGGCUGCUAAUGUCAUGUCUUCCCUUCCACAGUUCAAUGGGCUUAAGUCCCAAUUUGCCUCAUGCUCUGCAGUUAAAAACUUGGUGGCUGCUCAGCCCAUGAGGCCCAAAGGGCGGAGAGCUUUGGGCGCUCGUUGCGACUUCAUUGGCUCGCCGACAAAUUUGAUCAUGGUUACAUCAACAAGCCUGAUGUUGUUCGCGGGCCGGUUUGGGUUGGCCCCAUCAGCGAACCGGAAGGCCACAGCUGGGCUGAAGCUGGAGGCGAGGGAUUCGGGCCUGCAGACGGGCGACCCAGCGGGCUUCACUCUGGCGGAUACAUUGGCCUGUGGGGUUGUGGGCCACAUCAUCGGGGUUGGGGUUGUGCUAGGCCUCAAAAACAUUGGCGCAAUCUAG